AUGGAAAACCAGUCCUCAAUCUCUUAUAGACUUGCAAAGGAUCAAGGUGCGAACGAUCCUGAUGGGCAGGGGAACUGGAAAGACGGCAACUCCAAUGGCGUGAGCACACGUCGUACACUGGAGCCUCUACCUUUUGAGGUUGUCUCCAGCUUCCCGAAAACUCUGCUAGAGAAAUCUCAGAACAGACUAGCGGUCAAUGCAUUAUCGUCAGCCGACCCUAGUGAAGUCAUCAAAAUCGUGUCCUCCCGAGUGGACAAUCCGCAGGUUUUCAACACCAAAAUCCCCUUGGAAGGCGCUCCCAUCACCAACCAGCGAGCCACUGGUCGAUGCUGGCUCUUUGCAGCCACCAACGUCUUCCGGGUACCAAUCAUGAAGAAGAGGAAGCUGGAAUCCCUGGAGCUUUCUCAGAAAUAUCUAUUCUACUACGACAAACUAGAAAAGUCCAACUUCUUCCUUGAGCAAAUUAUUGACACUGCUGAGGAAGAUGUGGACAGCCGCAUAGUGCAGCGGCUUCUGGAGGGCAUUGUCGCCGACGGUGGUCAAUGGGACAUGGUGUAUAAUCUAGUCAAGAAAUAUGGGCUUGUUCCCCAGGCAAUUUACCCAGAAACUUGGAGCGCUCAGAACUCUCGAUUUCUGAAAGCUAUUCUGGGGACCAAGUUGCGAGAGUUUGCGUUAAAGCUGCGCAACUUGUCGCGGGCCGACGGAACAACGGCCGAGGCAGAUCUCAUACACAGCAAAGCCGAAAUGAUGCAAGAGAUCCAGAAGAUUUUGACACUUUUACUUGGGGCUCCGCCGCAUCCCAUGCAAGAAUUUACCUGGGAGUAUACGGAUAAAGAUGGCAAGACACAGGAGGUGCGAACAACGCCUAUGAGCUUCGCUGAGGAGACUUGCUACUCGGAUCUCGACUGCAAUAUCAACAACAUGGCAUCACUGGUGCAUGAUCCACGUCACGAUCCUUUACGCCUCCUCACUGUGUCACGUUUGGGUAACGUUAUUGGCGGUCGAGAUACUACGUACGUUAAUGUCGAUAUGGACACCCUCAAGACGGCUUGUGUGGCAAUGAUACAGGCAGGUCAACCUAUCUUUUUUGGCUGCGACUUUGGCAAGUUUCGAGAUAAAGCAACUGGUAUUUUGGACAUGGGCAAUUUUGACUACGAGUCCGGCUUCGGCACUGAUAUGCUCGGUAUGUCCAAGGAAGAGCGACUGGUCAUGGGGGAGUCGCGUCUUACGCAUGCCAUGAUCCUCACAGCUGUGCAUCUGUGCGAGUCAACUGGGAAGCCGAUUCGGUGGAAGAUACAGAAUAGUCACGGGCCAGACUCAGGAAGCAAGGGAUGUUACGUCAUGACAGAUGCUUGGAUGGAUGAGUUUGUUUAUCAGGUUGUCAUUGACCUCAGGUUUGUGGAUGAGAAGGUUAGGGAUGUGAUGAAGCAAGAUCCUAUUGUGCUACCUCUGUGGGAUCCUAUAGGCGCACUUGCUCAACUACAAGAGUCGACUAUCUUAUAG